CCAGAGUUAAUCUGCAUUCAGACUGACGAUCCAAUAUAUUUCUCAGAUUUGGGAUAUUAGGCUAUUCCGGAACCGUUGUAUUUAUGUAGUUUUUACUAUUAUUUCGCAUGAUCGGUCAAGCUUGCUUCGAUUCAAUCAGUUUUGUGACCGUUUUCCUCAACGCUGCAGCAGGUCUACAUUUUCCCAAACCGAAUGCUAACGCGAGCCGCUUAUGCUAUUCGCGUAAUGUAUCACCGUGAGGAUAGACAGUAAAUAAGGGGACCCGUCCAUCUGCAAUAAAGAGGAAAAGAAGAUGGUGAUAAUGGCUCCUACAAAUGUAGCAUCUAAAUGCUCGACAGCGAUGGCGAAUGCUUCCUUCCCUGUGAAGCUAUUUCUCUGGGUGUUUUUAUUCGCUCAUCUUCCUACAAGCUCCAUCCAGACUGAAAACGACGAUGAUGAAGUGACAAACAAAACUUGGGUGUUGACUCCCAAAGUGUACGAGAGCGAUGUCACCAACAUCCUAAACAGCCUACUAGAUGGCUAUGAUAACAAACUGCGACCAGAUAUAGGAGUCAAACCAACCGUGAUCCACACGGACAUGUUUGUGAACAGUAUCGGCCCAGUAAAUGCUAUCAAUAUGGAGUACACCAUCGACAUCUUUUUCGCCCAGACGUGGUACGACCGGAGAUUGAAGUUCAACAGUACCAUGAAGGUCCUGCGUCUCAACAGCAACAUGGUGGGCAAGAUCUGGAUCCCCGACACCUUCUUUCGCAACUCCAAGAAGGCCGACGCCCACUGGAUCACCACGCCCAAUCGCAUGCUUCGGAUCUGGAACGAUGGACGGAUACUCUACACACUGCGGUUGACUAUUGAUGCCGAGUGCCAGCUUAAACUGAACAACUUUCCAAUGGAUGAGCACUCCUGUCCCCUGGAGUUUUCAAGCUAUGGCUACCCCAGAGAGGAGAUAGUGUACAAGUGGAAGAGGAGCUCCGUGGAGGUGGGAGACAUCCGCUCCUGGAGGCUCUACCAGUUCUCCUUUGUUGGCCUGAGGAACACCUCCGAGAUCGUCAGGACCGUGUCAGGAGACUACGUUGUUCUGACAGUCUUCUUCGACCUGAGCAGGAGGAUGGGUUAUUUCACCAUUCAGACCUAUAUCCCCUGCACCCUCAUCGUUGUCCUCUCCUGGGUCUCCUUUUGGAUCAACAAGGAUGCUGUACCUGCUAGAACAUCCUUAGGCAUUACCACUGUGCUGACCAUGACUACGCUGAGUACCAUAGCCAGGAAGUCGCUGCCUAAGGUAUCCUACGUGACGGCCAUGGACCUCUUUGUGUCCGUGUGCUUCAUCUUUGUUUUCGCCGCUCUGAUAGAGUAUGGAACACUGCACUACUUUGUGAGCAACAGGAAGCCAAGCACAAAAAAGGACAAGAAAAAUAAAAACCCGCUCCUCCGGCUCUUUUCCUCAAAGCAGACACCUACGGUGGACAUCCGCCCUCGCUCAGCCACCGCCAUCCAGAUGAACAACGCCACCCACAUGCAGGAGCGGGAUGAGGAGUAUGGCUACGAGUGCCUAGACGGCAAGGACUGCACCAGCUUCUUCUGCUGUUUCGAGGACUGCCGCUCCGGGGCCUGGCGGCACGGGCGGUUGCAUAUCCGUGUCGCCAAGAUAGACUCGUACGCUCGCAUCGGUUUCCCCACCGCUUUCGGUCUCUUUAACCUGGUUUACUGGAUCUCCUAUCUCUAUCUCUAGAUCCAGCGUGUAGCCAGACUUAGAAUAUAUGUUCUGCUCCAACUUGACCAUUUUUUCAGAAGGGGACUCACUGAAAUGUUUUCCUUUUGUUUCUGUUUGAUUUUUCUAUGUUUGUUAAUUCAUAUUUCUCAUAAUUUCUUUAUAUGGUUGAAGCAAAAGUUGUAGCAAAACCAUUAGGCAUGCAGGGAUCUGGAGUCCGAUAGUGGGGACUACGACUGUGCUUUGGGUAAGGCAAGAACCUAAGUUCACCGUAGUGAUUCUGCAGGACUACAUUUUCCAGAUUCCCCUUGAUCAGAUAAUUGGUUUACGUAGAAGGUAAUCGCAGUCAGGGCCGCUUCAAUGUUGUUGUUUUUUGUAUCUGCCCUUAGUCAGUAUAUUAGAUCACAGUAAACAUUUUCACGGUAAACAAACUUCAUUCAAACUGAAAAAGUAUUAAAGGCAUGUUCCCGAUUUCUUGCAUUAACAAGUCACGCAUGCGCCGUAGAAGACAAACGGAAGAUUUGACAUCAGCUUAUUUUCCCCAUCUUUUAAAAUAUGCAUUUACUUAUUGCUGUAUUCCAUCCAUCCAUCCAAAAUACAAAAUAAGCUAAAUCUCAAGCACUUUAAUAAGCUAUGUAGGUUGAACAGUAAGUAUGAUUUUCAAUGAUAAUUUGAUAGCUAGGUUUCUUUCAUCUAACUGUGAAACUUUACUUUUACACAGUUAAACAUGCAUUUUUUGAAUGUGUGGUCAGGAGCGCUAGAAAAUACUGUUUAUGGUCAAUGGUCAACUGUACAGACACUGUAUAUAUUUUAUUAUUAUGUAGUGGUUUUCAUUUGUUGCAUGCACCUUUCAGACCCAAAAUCACCACAUGUUUUAAAGGGGCAAUCCACAGUUGUUACAUCCAUUUACCGACACAUAAAUUAACGAUAUUCUCAUUGAUACUUGAAGUUAUAAAGGCCUCAUGAGCUUACUUCAACUGUCCUACCCCAUCCCAACCCAGCAUAUAAACUUGUUUUACUCCAAUGUUUGUGAACAUUGUAAAUGUAAACAAACACUGUUUAGUCUCAAAAUAUGUUUAAAUCCAUCAUUUAGAUUUCAUGGAUGGUCAGUCCUUGCAUCAAUAACCCCUUAAAUUUAAGAGUGGUUACAUUUCUUCAGGCCCAUCCCUCAGCUUUUUACAAAGACAGAGGUGGGGUAUCUGUUUGUUAUUGUUUAAACUGUGGAUAGCCCCUUUAAGGUCUUCUAUUGUUGGCUAUGGAUACAAAAAAAGAACACUGCUGAUUAUCCAUCUGGAUUCCGUCUUACUUUUUAGGAAAAGUAGAAAAUGAGACAAAGUCAGAUUUUGUCUUAUAAAUUAACGUUAAUCUCUACCAGUAUGUAUUACAAGAGGAUCAAUCCAGACCUUACAGGGAAAACGUUGUUAUAUCAACUUUUAUUAACUUGUAGACUGCUCUGAAAAACUCUUCCCUUUCAAACACUUUGCUAUUGAUGGCUAUCUUCAAUUGACACACAAGUGUGCUGGCUCCUUUGGGAAGUGUGUAGAUAAGAAAUAGGCAUCAAAAACAAAUGUAUGGUUUUCUUACAUCAAAACAUAUUUUCUUACAUCAAAACAUAUUCUGCUCCCUUUCUCUACCCCACAACCACUUGGUGGAAGUGAAUUUCAUGCAAACACAUCAAGCAGUGUUUUACUUCAUUCAGCUGGCACAAUUGAGUGUCUACAAUGGAAGCGGCUGUAGUUCUGAAUGCGUACACCCAUCAAAAUGCCAAAACUCUCAGUGACAGAAAACAAACUCCCAUUUGUCAUAAGACUGAACUGCAUUACUUAGUCACCGCAUUAAAACACGAUCCAUUCCAUCUGUCUCAAUGGGUGGUUUAGAGGGACUUAAGGCAAAAAACAAACCAUUUAACUUGAGGAAUAUUGAUGAACAUGACAGCUCCGUGGAGAAGAAAGCAUCUGCUUGUGACCCCACCAGAUGCAUAAGCCUUACUCUCUUUGAAGAGAAACACUGUGGAAAUUACAAUGAUCUGACGCUGAAAAUGUAUUGAAAGAUCUGGGAGAAGUUCAGGAAUUGAUUUUUUUUGUUUAUUUUGCUUUUCUGUGUUUACAAUGGAUCAUUAAAUCAUUAAUGUGUCAAUACACCAUUACUCAUUUAUAGUGUGGCACAUUGUGAAUGUCAACAUAAGUACUCAAACUAUUUGUGCUUCACAUCAUAUGCUAAUGGGACGCUUACAACGCAACUUAUGGGGUACUUGUAUACCCAAAUCAUGGCCAACCUGUUCCAAAAGAGUACCUUAGCUAAAGGCAGCCAGAGGAUGUUAAAGCAGUGCUUUAAUCUAGACCAGGGUUUCCCAAACACGGUCCUGGGGCCUCCCAUGGGGGCACGUUUGUUUGUUUUCUGCCCUAGCACUACACAGCUGAUUUAAAUAACUCAUCAUCAAGCUUUGAUUAUAUGAAUCGGCUGUGCAGUUCUCGGGCAAAAAAAAAAAAAACUUGCCCCCCUGGGAGGACCCGGGACCAAGUUUGGGAAACCCUGAUCGAAAUGAAUAAGUCAUUUUACUGUACAUAUUGUAAAUCACAUGAUAUUGUGUACAUAGUAGAUCACAAAAGGAAACAAACACUUAUCAAACCCUUCAAUUUUUGAAAGGGGCAAUGAUAUGUUUCAUUUUCUUCAUGUAUCCCCUUUCAUUGAUAUCAUUAUUAUCAUUGCAUUAUGCUGGACUGUGUGGGAUAUUGUAGGGCAGGUGUAUUCUACGAGGUCCGGAGCCUGCUGGUUUUCUGUUCUACCUGAUAAUUAUUAGCACCCACUUGGUGUCCCAGGUCUAAAUAAGUCCUUGAUUAGAGGGGAACAAUUAAACAACUGGCUUUGAGGUCCAGAGUAGAGUUUGAGUGUUGUAGGGUAUUUUUCAAGGAAAUCGUUGUGUUUCCCUAUUUAGAAAGCCCUCAACGAAACAGAGAUGGAGAAUGUCCUUUGUCAACAAUAUCAUAGAGACAUCAUUUCGUUCUAUAAUGAAUUUAUCUUGUUGUUGUUGUAUUUUCUAUGUUGUGGUCUACAUAGUCUCUAAAGACCAGUUAUAGUCUGUUCACUAAAUGGUAUGACUAAAAAGGUAGGUGGCGAAGUUACUUAUUAACCAGCCUCAAUUGACAAUAUCUUUUCAGACAUUCAACUGUGAUAUUAGCUACUCCCUGAGGUACUGAACAGACGUGCUACUCUAGUCUAAAGUGGCCGUCAGAGUUUCUGCAUUAAAUUGUAAAGUUUCUUAGCAACAACUGUACUUCCCAUUGUCAGUUGAAUGAAGUGGAAAGUGAGUGGAAUUUGAAGCUCUUCCCCUUGUGCAUUCACUAGUGGUCCUCUAUUUUGUACCUGUUGCGAAGCUAUCACUCAGUACAAGGUUUUGUCUUAAGGGUGUGUGUGUUUUUUUCUCUCACUUGAACAGAAAGGAAUGGAUUUUUUGGCAACUUGAUAGUUUACUUCAGUUGAAAUGGAGAGGAAUGUAAGGGUGUGGAAGAACAACUUUAAGUGCCAAACUUUGACACAAAUGUGAUACAUCCAUUCAGAAACCCAUAGUGUUCAAUGAUCUCUUAGUCAAAAUGAACUGUUAUUUUGCGAAGUAUGUGCGAAAUGGGAGAAACGCGUUUUGUGUUCUUCGAGAAAUAAUAUUUAACAGAUAUAAUUUACUAUUAACACAUACAUACACGAGACAUCAUUUGUAUACCUUCAUUUACCAUUAUUACAUUUCACAGACGCUGUUAUCCAGAUCAACUUGCAGUAGUGAGUGUGUACACUUUCUGUACUGGUCCCCUGUGGGAAUUGAACCCACAACCCCUGGUGUUGCAAGUGCAAUGGUCUACUAACUGAGCCAUACGGAACAUUAUAUCAUGGUCUAUAGCUUAUGAACAAAUAUCAAAGCACAAGGACCAAACGUGCAUUAGCUUUAUCUUAAUGCCUCUGUCUCAGAGACACACUUUUCAUCCAUUCAAGUAUAACCUUUGAUAAAGAGAAUGAGUUAGCAUCUUUUUUUGUUUUUUUGAAAGAAAGGCUGAACGAGCACAUUCAGAAAGUAGAGAUGUUUUUAACUGUGAGAAAGUAGUUACUGAGGUAUCAAGUGUAUGUAUGUGGUUUAUAAAUACACAAUGACCAACCAGUCAUAUUGAACGGUGCUGGCAUACUAAAUUUGAUUAUUUAUAUCAACUAUUUAAAUGUUGCUUUACUAUACACAAAAAAACAUUAUAUUGUAUUUUUGUGAUUUCUUUAUUUUCUUAUGUUAGUUUACACACAUAUGGUACAUACAGUAUUACACAUAGUUAAUGGUUUUGGAAUUCUCCUGGUACUUUGAAGGAGAUAAUCAUAAAAGAUAGUGUGCACACGAUGUAUAGGUCAAUCACAAAUAUGAAUAUAUUUAACAUUUAGUUCAUGUGGUAUUGCUCAGCUUAUUUUAAUUUGGCCUCCAUCUAUUCGACCAUCUCAUGACCUAAUUUAGGUUAGAGGAGGACAGAGCAUUCAAAGAUAAAAGAAGACAGAGAUAUUUUAUUUUGGGGAAACUACAAAUAAGACCUAUUUGAAGAGCACAUGUAAAUAAUUUCUAUAGUUAUAUACUUUGUCAGACUGGAGAAAAAAAAUAUACUAGUCAAAAGUUUGGACACAGCUACUCAUUCCAGUUUUUUCCCCACUAUUUUCUACAUUGUAGAAUAAUAGAGAAGACAUCAAAACUAUGAAAUAACACACAUGGAAUCAUGUAUAAACAAAAAAAUAUAUAUAUAUUUUAUAUUUGAGAUUCUUCAAAGUAGGCACCCUUUGCCUUGAUGACAGCUUUGCACACUUGGCAUUCUCUCAACCAGCUUCAUGAGGUAACCUGGAAUGCAUUUCAAUUAACAGGUGUGCCUUGUUAAAAAUUAAUUUGUGGAUUUUUUUUCCUUCUUAAUUUGUUUGAGCCAUUCAGUUGUAUUGUGACAAGGUAGAGGUGAUAUACAGAAGAUAGCCCUAUUUGGUAAAAUACCAAGUCCAUAUUAUAGCAAGAACAAUUCAAAUGAGCAAAGAAAAAUGACGCUCCAUCAUUACAUUAACACAUGAAGAUCAGUCAUUCCGGAACAUUCCAUGAACUGUGAAUGUUUCUUCAAGAGCAGUCGCAAAAACCAUCAAGCUCUAUGAUGAAUCUGGCUCUCAUGUGGACCGCCACAGGAAAGGAAGAUCCAGAGUUACCUCUGCUGCAGAGGAUUUCAUUAGAGUUACCAGCCUCAGAAAUUGCAGCCCAAAUAAAUGCUUCACAGCGUUCAAGUAAAAGAGACAUCUCAACUGUUCAGAGGAGAUUGCGUGAAUCAGGCCUUCAUGGUCAAAUUGCUGCAAAGAAACCACUACUAAAGAACACCAAUAAUAAGAAGAGACUUGCUUAGGCCAAGAAACACGAGCAAUGGACAUUAGACUGGUAGAAAUCUGUCCUUUGGUCUAAUAAAUCCAAAGUUUUGAUUCCAACCACAAUGUCUUUGUGAGAUGCAGAGAAGGUGAACGGAUGAUCUCUGCAUGUGUGGUUCCCAACAUGAAGCAUGGAGGAGAGGAUUUGAUGGUGUGGGGGUGCUUUGCUGGUGACAAAAUCAGUCAUUUAUUUAGAAUUCAAGGCACACUUAACCAGCAUGGCUACCACAGCGUUCUGCAGAGAUACGCCAUCCCAUCUGGUUUGCGCUUAGUGGGACUAUCAUUUGUUUUUCAACAGGACAAUGACCCAAAACACACCUCCAGGCUGCUUAAGGGCUAUUUGACAAAGAAGGAGAGUGGUAGAGUGCUGCAUCAGAUGACCUGGCCUCCACAAUCACCUAACCUCAACUCAAUUGAGAUGGUUUGGGAUGAGACAGACCACAGAGUGAAGGAAAAGCAGCCAACAAGUGCUCAGCAUAUGUGGGAACUCCUUCAAGACUGUUGGAAAAGCAUUCCAGGUGAAGCUGGUUGAGAGAAUGCCAAGAGUGUGCAAAGCUGUCACCAAGGCAAAGGGUGGCUACUUUGAAAAAUCUCAAUUUUAAAAAAUCUAAUAGUUUAACAGUUAUUUUGUUACUACAUGAUUCCAUAUGUGUUAUUUCAUAGUUGUGAUGUCUUCACUAUUAUUCUACAAUGUAGAAAAUAGUCAAGAUUAAGAAAAACCCUGGAGUGAUACGUGUGUCCAAUCAUUCAACUGUUACUGUAUACAGUAUACCACACCAUAAUUGCAGUACUGGGUACCUGGUUUCCAAAAACAAAAUACAUCUAUUAUGAAUUCCAUUCAUAUCUUAGUUGUUUGCCAUCUCUGUAUAUUUAUUGAGUAUUGUACAAAAGGGACACUGAUUAAUUAUUGUUAGGGUCUGCAUAAUAUACUAAAUGUACUGAAAAAAUCCUUUUCAUAAGGGAAUUGCACACAGUUGUGGAAUUUUGCAAUAAAAUGAUUGCAUUAUCAA